GCUAUCGCUCGUCGCUCAUUGCUCAUCGCGCGCGCAGUGUGCAGACUGCAGAGGCGCCUUUAACAGGAAGUCAAAGCGCGCUUGCGCACCACUCUUUGACGUCUUUUCCUAUAAUAUCGCUUUGCGAAGAGGAACGCAAUGGGUCGUUACUCUCAUCAACCGGCCAACACGUCCAAAUCGUGCAAAGCACGCGGAUCAAAUCUCCGGGUUCACUUCAAGAACACCCAUGAAACCGCAAGAGCGAUCAAGAAUAUGGCGCUCCGCAGGGCGCAGAAGUUCCUGAAGAAUGUUAUAGAGCGCAAAGAGUGCGUUCCGUUUCGCAGAUUCAAUGGCGGCGUCGGCAGAUGCGCUCAAGCUAAACAGUUUGGCACAACUCAGGGUCGUUGGCCUAAGAAAUCCGCUGAAUUCUUGCUCCAGCUUCUCAGGAACGCCGAGAGCAAUGCCGAUUACAGAGGGCUCGACGUUGAUCGUCUCGUUAUCGAUCAUAUUCAAGUUAAUCAUGCCGCUUGCCUCCGCAGAAGAACGUACAGAGCGCACGGUCGCAUUAAUCCGUAUAUGAGCUCUCCGUGUCACAUCGAAGUUAUUCUCACCGAAAAGGAAGAGGUAGUAGCCAAGGCUGCGGAGGAAGAACCCAAAAAGAAACUUAGCAAGAAGAAGCUCGCUCGUCAAAAGGAGAAGAUGAUGAGAGAAUAAUUUAACAUCUGCGAAUUUCUAUGAGACCAUCGGCCAAUAAUAAUAAAAAAAAAAAAAAAAAAACUAAAAACUACAACCGUCGAAACACUAUUCUUUUUCCCCUAAUUUUCAUGCAUUCCUGCCAGAUGAGUCAAAGUUACUUUUAAUUCGGGGCUUUGAGCAGUGUGUGUUAACGUUGAUGUAAAUUUUGGGAUUUGUAUUUGUUUUGCGUCAAAAACAGGAAGAAGUACGAAGAAAACUACA